CCAGGUCACGUGCCCUCCAGGCGUUGGCCCCGCUGAAGUCUAAGAAGGCAAGGUACCUACCUCACCAACGCUGUCAGUUGCACCGCGCACUCAUCACUGACCAAGCGUGCGUUUAUUGUGCCUUAAAGGUCCUCGUCGAUCGGUUCUCUGACCCUUGACACGCCGCACUCCCCAACAUCGACCUUCAUACCUAACGGGCCAGACCGACGAUCAGCAGCUGUUAAGCGUAAGCAGCAAUACUGCACCCAAAUACUAUCACCAAGACGUCACCACACACUGCGCGCGCGCCAACAAUAGUGCGAGAGCACAGCAAGGAAACCCUGCAGACAACAGGCCCAGGACAAGCCCAGAACCGCCAUCAUGGCUGAAGAAGACACCUCUGAACGCCGAUCCCGCAAGUCAGUCGCCUUCACAGACGAACAACUCGUAGUCGACGCCGACGGCUCAGUCUCCGUGAUGAGCGCCCCCGAAGAACCCAAGGACUCGGCGCAGUCCCACACGCCUCGUACGCCGCCGCUGUCUGCCGCCCUCGAGUCCUUUACUGAUCCCAUUUCUCAAGCCGCCGACGCUGACGCCGCCACCGCCCCCAACGACGAUGGCCUCGACCUCUCCCUCAUGAAGAAGAAGAAGAAGAAGGUCAAGAAGACCGAGGACGAUGGUGCCGACGCUGGCGAGGGCGCCGCGCCCGCCGAGGACGGUGGUCUCGACCUCACCAUGAAAAAGAAGAAGAAGAAGAAGGUCAAGGCCGAGGCUGGCGCCGAUGACGACGAGUUCACCGCCAAGCUCAAGCAGCUCGAGGUCCAGGACGCCGAGGAGCCCGCCGAGGAGCCCGAGGUCGAGGGCGACAUGGACGCCGGCACCGGCAUCUGGUCCCACGACGAGACCAAGACCCCCGGCUUCAACAUGCUCCUCCAGCGCUUCUUCUCCCAGCUCGCCCAGAAGAACCCCGACCACGCCCUCUCGGGGACAAGGAGCUACAAGAUCCCCCCGCCCCAGUGCAUGCGUGAAGGCAACAGGAAGACCGUCUUUGCCAACAUUGCCGACAUUUGCAAGCGCAUGAAGCGUACCGACGAGCACGUGACGGCGUACCUCUUUGCUGAGUUGGGUACGAACGGUUCCGUCGACGGCAGCAAGCGUCUCGUCAUCAAGGGUCGUUUCCAACAGAAGCAGAUUGAGAACGUUGUGCGAAAAUACAUCAUCGAAUAUGUCACCUGCAAAACCUGCAAAUCGCCCGACACAGAGCUCAGCAAGGGCGAGAACCGUCUGUACUUUAUCACCUGCAACAACUGCGGUUCGCGUCGCAGUGUAACGGCCAUCAAGACUGGUUUCUCGGCCCAGGUCGGCAAGCGCAGGAAGAUGAAGGUCUAAGCGGAUCUCUCCUCUUCUCUGACGAAUUAUUGCAUGGUUUCUUUGUGUGUCUUCCGGGCGCUUCAUAUCUACGUCGCAACUUCCCUACGACGGAUCUAGAAUUCGAGAAAGCAUUGGAGCGGAGAAAGUUGGGAUGCCACGAGUGUCGCUACGAGGGAAAAUGGAUAUAGGACAGUCGCGGUUGGCGUACCGGUUAUGUACAUGACUAAAUGAUGAACAUCAUGCUUAAGCAACUCCAG